UAUAUAUAGGCAAAAUAUUUUUUUAGACAUUUUAUACUCUUUUUUAAAAUUUUUUUAUUUCUGCAUUUUUCUUUUCUUUUCUUUUUUUACUGAAUAUGCCCGGAAAGCACUAGUAAAUCCGUGAAUCGAAACAAAACAGUUGCAAACAUGAAAUCGUCUCUGGCUCCAGGCAUCAGAGUCAUCACAUCUUUCUCCAGAGACAGCUGGUACAGAGGCUUCAUCCUCCUCCUGACAUUCCUGUUCUACACAGCGUACCAUCUCUCCCGCAAACCUAUUAGUAUAGUCAAGAGUCAGCUUCAUAGAAACUGUUCCUAUAUCAUUCGACCUGCUGACCUCAAUGUCACAGACAAUUCCACCUGGUGUGACUGGGCUCCUUUUGACCAAGACAAUUACCAGAACCUGUUUGGAUGGCUGGACAACUGCUUCCUCGUGGCCUACGCCAUCGGAAUGUUCUUCAGCGGCAUUUUCGGCGAGCGGCUGCCCCUGCGUUACUACCUCACCACUGGGAUGCUUCUCAGCGGCCUUUUCACAGCGCUCUUUGGCCUGGGCUUCUACUGGAACAUUCACGCCUUGUGGUACUACUGCUUAGUGCAGGUUGCGAACGGGCUGGUACAGACGACAGGCUGGCCGGCGGUGGUGGCUUGUGUUGGCAACUGGUUCGGAAAGGGGAAGCGAGGAUUCAUCAUGGGCGUAUGGAACUCGCACACCUCUGUGGGGAACAUCCUGGGCUCGCUCAUCGCCGGGGCGUUCGUCUCAACCGCCUGGGGCAUGUCCUUCAUCGUGCCUGGCAUCAUCAUCGCCACUACAGGGGUCAUCUGUUUCUUCUUCCUGGUCGAGCAUCCAGAAGACGUGAACUGCAGCCCUCCGAAUCACCAUGAGAGCUCAGAGCAAGAGCCUUUGCUGAGGAACUCGUUGAACAGCGAGGAGAUCUUCAACAAUCACGCGACUGCAGUGGUGGAAGAUGGUGACGAGGAAGCAGAGGCUAUCAGUUUCUUAGGAGCUCUCCGGAUACCGGGCGUGGUGGAGUUUUCCCUCUGUUUGCUUUUCGCUAAGCUGGUCAGCUACACAUUCCUCUACUGGUUACCGCUAUACAUCGCUAAUGUUGCCCAUUUCGAUCCUAAAGCAGCAGGAGACAUGUCGACACUCUUCGACGUUGGAGGAAUUCUGGGCGGCAUCCUAGCCGGCGUUGUUUCAGACUACACUGGCGGGAGGGCGACCACCUGCUGUGUCAUGCUAAUCGUUGCUGCUCCAAUGCUGUUCGUGUACAACCUCGUGGGGCAGAAUGGCAUUCCAACAACAAUCGGUAUGCUUCUGCUUUGUGGUGCUCUUGUGAACGGACCCUAUGCCCUCAUCACGACGGCUGUGUCAGCUGACCUGGGUACCCACGAGUGUCUGAGAGGAAACGCCAGGGCUCUGUCCACUGUAACAGCCAUUAUUGACGGCACAGGAUCAGUGGGUGCCGCUAUUGGGCCUCUUUUGGCAGGAUUGAUCUCUCCCACUGGCUGGAAUAAUGUUUUCUACAUGCUCAUCACGGCCGAUAUACUGGCUUGUCUGCUGCUGUCCAGGUUGGUGUUUAAGGAGAUCCGAGGAUGGUGUGGCUACUCUACAAGACAGAGAGGGUUCAAAGAGAUCUGAGGUGCCUGCCGGACAAGUGAAUAUCACACCUGCAGCAGGACAAACAGCGGCGGUGACAAAACAAGACCCGAUUUCCUGAUCCGUCACACAAAGCUGUUUUAUUUUUUUAUUUUUAUUAUUUUUUUUUUUUAUUUAAAAACGGGACACUUUUAUCCUUUUAGACUAUGAGAAAAGAAACAAAGUCCAAUGGUGUGAUGAAAUGAAAUUAAAUGAAAUGAGGGCUCCCCUUUUUGAUGUAUGGGGAGAAUAAAAAAAAAAAAAGAAGAAGAAGGAGAA